AUGGCGUCGGGCAGCGGGACAAAAAACUUGGACUUUCGCCGAAAGUGGGACAAAGAUGAAUAUGAGAAGCUCGCCGAGAAGAGGCUCACGGAAGAGAGAGAAAAGAAGGAUGGAAAACCAGUGCAACCAGUCAAGCGGGAGCUUCUCCGGCAUAGGGACUACAAAGUGGAUUUGGAAUCUAAGCUUGGAAAGACCAUUGUCAUUACCAAGACCACUCCACAAUCUGAGAUGGGAGGGUAUUACUGCAAUGUCUGUGACUGUGUUGUGAAGGACUCCAUCAACUUCCUGGAUCACAUUAAUGGAAAGAAACAUCAGCGGAACCUGGGCAUGUCUAUGCGUGUGGAACGUUCCACCUUGGAUCAGGUGAAAAAACGUUUUGAAGUCAAUAAGAAGAAGAUGGAAGAGAAGCAGAAGGAUUAUGAUUUUGAGGAAAGGAUGAAGGAGCUCAGAGAAGAGGAGGAAAAGGCCAAAGCCUACAAGAAAGAGAAACAGAAGGAGAAGAAAAGGAGGGCUGAGGAGGACUUGACAUUUGAGGAGGAUGAUGAAAUGGCAGCUGUGAUGGGCUUCUCUGGCUUUGGUUCCACAAAGAAGAGUUACUGAGGCUUUCUAUGUUUGGCCCUUUCCUGGGCUUAACUUUGUGUGUGUGCGUGGGGUCAUUUUUUGGGGAGUCCUUAAGAGUGGCAAUGGGGAGGGCUAGAGGGUGGGCAUUUGUGGUUUCCCUCUACCUUGAGAGAGAGCACAGGAGGCAGAGGUAAUGCAGUGGCAUAUUCCUUCAGCCUCAGUGUAUCACUGGAGUCACAGGACCUCUGCUCAUCUGAGUUCCCAAUAAAAAAAAAAAAAAAAAUCAUCCUCUUCUGAGGCUGCUUCCCAGAAACUUCUCCUGCAUCUUUCCCUCUUCAUCUAUCGAAUCUCCUCUCUGAGCAUCUGACAUUUUUCCUGUGUUCUGCCUUUGUUUUAAUUUUGACUUUCGCUUAGCCUGCAGCGAAAGUUCUCUGGGUCCCCAGUCUCUAAUUGAUACUAUAUCCUUGACCAGCCCCCCCUCCCCUUUCCCUCAUCUCUCACUGUGGUUCUUUGGCUGCCUGUGCAUGCAUGUGUACUUCUGCCUGGGUCAGUGGUAUGUGUGGAUGUGUGUGCAUGAAUCUGUCACAUAGAGGGAACCUCAGCAUUGCUGCCUUGGGGCCUGAUGUUCUCAGUUUCCUCAGUGCAUGUAACAGGAAAUUAAAUGGGAUGAGUGGUGUGGUUUUUGUUGUUUUUUUUUUUUACUUUCGUUUUUUUUUUCAUAUCUAGACUGUUUAGCUUUUCAUGUUUGUUUUAUUUUAUUGAGGAUUACUCUGUUUUUGUCUUCCUUGUGAACAGGCUCUUGGAAGAACCUGUUCGAUGCAAAAAAGAAAAAGGAAAAAAAAAAACCUCAUAUGGGAGCCCUUGGGUCUCAGAGGCUGUUCAACAUGUACAAUAAAUGGCAUUGACUGGGCCUGUUUCACA